CGUGGCCACUCCUUGGGAUUGGAGGCUACUGAGAGAAUGCUUUCCGUCUAUUGGGGAUGACGUGUGUGAAUGCGGCCGCCCGGCGUUGCGGCAAUAUCCACCGCUGAGUACCGCCCCCUGGUUCUGGUCAUGGCCGGCCUCAGCCUCCUGCUUCUGUUUGUCGUGCUCGUUGCCGUACUUUGCACGUACAGAAAAAGGCGGGAAGGAGACGAAAAGAGCGCGGUCGCCUUGGCAGGUUCAAAAAACGGUGCGGCGAUGAGACCGGCGUCGCGGCGCCACUCGACAGCUUCGGAGGGCCGGAACCAACAGGUGUCGCCCUGGCGUCGGUGCCACUCGUCGACCGAGUUAAGUGCGGAGGCGCCGGCCGCCGCCCUGCCGUCGGCCGCCAGCGUGCAGCAGCUGGACUCACUGCUGCACUCGCUCGGCGCCGAUUCGUCUGCACGGCCGGCAGCCGGCCCCACGUCCAUACCAAAGAUGCUUAGUCAGUAGACAGUGAACGCGUAGAGACAAGCGCCGCAGCCGACCGUCGGCUCAGAAGACCAAGCACACGUUAAUUUUGAAUUCCAAGACUUUGGCGGAGAGUGAGGGGAGCGCGCGUGAUGCAGCUGAUGCAUAAUGCAAGUGAUAUUUAUUAAACGCUGUUUGGUGUUGAGGCGGUCUCGCGACCACCGGUCGGCGAGAGCGAGUAUUUUUCUCGAGAGAGAGCGCGUGAACGAGAGCGAGCGAGAGAGUUCGAGAGGGCCAGCUAUCGGCAGAUAGCCGCCUUUUCACGGCUUGACACCGCAGGGAAUGUUUAUGCCGUGGACGUUUUUAGUGUUCAAAAUAUCUUUGCGUUGGAAGAUAUUUUCCUAUAUUUGUACAAACUUGAUUUUGACCGCAGUUCCCAGUGCGGAACAGUAGAGCCACAGUGCAGCGGCGUCGGUCGGCCCUGGUGGUGGCUUCACGAACCACGUCCGGGCCGGUCCUGAACUACGAUUGGUCGAGGCGAGCUUGCACUCGCGCUGUCGGCAAGGCUGGUCGGCGCGUCGGAGAUAUUCCGGCUCGCGCAGGCGUGGGCCGCCGUUUGGUACAUCUAGUCACAGCUGAAUAAUAUUAUCUCUAGUUUGGUACGGGAGGUCACCCGUACCCUUCUCCCAGGGGCUCCGGAGAGCGUACAAAAAGAGCGGGCUUGCAAUGUUUGCCUCGCGUUUUGUUGUUUUCAUCUAACCGAGUGCUGCAAAGAACGUAACGUAACGAAACAGUCGUCCGACGGCGUCAACCAUAUUACGUGUCGAUUUCCUGUGCCCCUGUUCUGUCCCUCCGGCAGUACUAAAACUAGAAUAUUAUGUUGCUCAAGCGGUGAAACGUGGCGCCCGGCGCGCGGGCGGAUACUGUGCUGUACAUACGUGUGAGUCGAUCAGUCGUGUAGGACUAUUUAGUUAAUACCU